CUUAUAUUAUCACCUUUAGUUUAUGUCUACUUAAACUCCUGACUUUUUCUUAAUAAGGUGGAAUCGAGAAACUACUCACAAGUUAAAAUGAUGAUCUUUGUAAGCCUUCUAGUAGGUAUAUUAUCUGUCAAUGCUGAAAACCAAGGUGUCUAUAUCGAAACUUCGUGGAACAACGGUUUUAAAGGCUAUAUUAGACUAGCUCAUACAGUGGAUCUCAACGGAUGGAGGAUUCGUGUAAAAUUCAAUAAUCCAGUUGGCACGCUACAGGUGUGGAAUGCUAAGAUGAUACACAAUAGCACUGAUAAAACGGAAUUUGUUAUGACAAACAUUGAUACGAAUGGAAUUCUUAUGGCAGGAAACACUCUGAAGAUUGAUUUCUUGGUAGGUGGUGUUCCUGAUACAAAUCAUUACGGUACAUUAACAGUAGAAAAUACUGGUACUGUAACAAAUAAACCUACAACGCCAAAAACAGUACCAACGAAAGUAUAUACAACCCACCAGAUGACAACUGGGACACAUUCGACAAAUGGAAGACCAGCGGUAACUACGGUUGGUUUUGAUAGAUCUAAGAUGAAACAUGAUUAUGGUAAAGCUAUGGGACUUUCCAUUCUGUUUUAUGAUGCCCAGAGAUCUGGCAAACUUCCUUCUAAUAAUCGAAUUCAAUGGAGGAAUGAUUCCGCCAUGCAGGAUAAUGGUGAUGGUCAUGAUCUAACCGGAGGAUGGUAUGAUGCUGCAGAUCACGUUAAAUUCAAUCUCCCCAUGGCCGAAUCAGCACAUGUUCUGGGAUGGGGACUAGAAGUAUUCAAAGACGCUUAUGAACAUGAUGGAGAACUGGACCAUAUGUACGAUAGUUUGAGAACACCACUCGACUAUUUUCUCAAGUGUUGGGUUCCUGACCAAAAGAUAUUAUGGGUGCAGGUUGGUGAUGUCGGUGCCGAUCAUAGUUUCUGGGGAAGAGCAGAAGACAUGCAAAUGGUCAGACCCGCCUAUAAAAUUCAUCCUGGCGCCCCCGGAAGUGACGUUGCAGGCAAUACUGUCGCUGCCUUAGCAGUAGGAUCGAUUGUUUUUAAGCAAAAAGAUGGAAAAUACAGUACAAGGCUAUUAGAGGCAGCAAAAACCUUGUAUGAUUUUGCCAAAGCUAAUCCUGGUUUAUAUUCAGAUAGCAUACCCCAAGCAAAAGCAUUUUACGGUUCCUCAGGAUGGAAAGACGAAAUGUGUGAAGCAGCUGCUGAAAUGUAUAAGGCAACGAAAGAUGACAAAUACUUAGAAGACGCCAAAACAUAUUACGAGCCAGCAACAGCCUGGGGAUAUUCUUGGAAUUUCAAACAAUCAGGCUGCCAGCUUCUUCUAUGGGAAAUAACCAAAGAUCAUAAAUAUAAAGCAAAUAUAGAAGCCUUUAUAGAUUCGUAUUUACCUGGUGGGUCUGUUCCUAUUACACCUUGUGGACUGGCAUGGAGGGACCAGUGGGGACCAAACAGAUAUGCAGCCAAUGCUGCUUUUAUUGCUGUGAUUGCUGCUGCUGACGGGAUUGGUGGAGAUAAAUUUAAGAAUUUCGCCAUGUCACAAAUAAAUUACAUGCUUGGUGAUAACAAUUAUAACAUGAGUUAUGAGAUAGGAUUUGGAAAUAAUUAUCCCUUGAGACCUCAUCACAGAGGAGCUUCAUGUCAACAAGACAGAUGUGUCAGCCAUUCCGAGGACAAUCCAAAUACUUUAGUUGGUGGACUUGUGGGUGGACCAGGACGUGAUGACGAUUAUCAGGACAGACGUGAAGAAUUUAUCAAAAACGAAGUGGCAUGUGACUACAAUGCUGGUUUCCAAACCGCAUGCGCAGGUCUUUACCAUUUUGCAAUCAACAACCAGCUGCCUCCAUCUCCACCAGCGAAAUGUUGAGUUUUAUUAUCAAUAAAUAUAUAAAUACAGUCAA